AUGCAGGCAGGAGGUUAUAGGGGCGUGCCUAUGUGAUAGGAACACACUGCAGACAGGCAGCAAACAGACAUGGCGCCCGUGUUGGGAUACUGGAAUAUUAGAGGGCUUUGCCAACCCAUCAGGUUGCUGUUGAACUAUGUAGGACAGGAGUAUGAAGAGAAAUACUAUGUGCUUGGUCCAGCUCCUGACUACAACAUGGAGGAGUGGAUGGGAGUUAAAUUCACUCUGGGAUUGCCGUUUCCAAACGUCCCCUACUGGAUAGAUGGCGACACUAAGCUGGUGCAAAGCCAUGCUAUCCUCAAAUAUCUGGCAAGGAAGCACAACCUCUGUCCUACAUCGGAGCAAGAAAUAAUAAGAUGCGACAUGCUGGAACACCAACUUCAGGAUUUAUUCAUGGACCACGCCCUCGUUUGCUACAGUACCUUUAUAAAAAUGGGCGAUUAUGAAACAAAAAAAGUGGAAUAUUUAGAGAAACUGCCGGACAAGGUGAAGCAAUACUCGGAGUUCUUGGCAGAUCGUCCUUGGUUUGCUGGCGACAAGAUAACCUUCGUAGACUUCAUGGCGUACGAGUAUUUGGACAUACAGCGCAUGUUUGCCCCUGGCUGUCUGGACGCCUUCAAGAACCUAACAGACUACAUGGCAAGGUUUGAGGCCCUACCUUCCAUUCAGAAGUACAUGCAAUCUGACAAGUUUUUAAAGAAGCCGAUUUACAACAAAUUUGCGGACUGGCGCGGUGACUAAUCACAAUGUUUCCGACGCCGACGUUAUACAGAUUCCACACAAGACUUUUUAGAUAGCGGAAACUCGCUUUAUUGGAGUCACAAUGCAGCAUGGUACCUGCCUUCCCCAUUGACUACACUGAAUCAUGGCCAAUGUUUUCGACGUUGUUAUUUUUUAAUAAAAAGCACUGUACAUGAAGGUAGAAGCCUCAGUUCAACCGGUCCCAUCAUAUCCACAUUACGUCACUGGGUCAACUUAGACGACUUUUGCGAUUGGAAAGCUGACUGCGUAUUAUGCAUGAACGUUUUGACAAACUUAGAAUUGUACUCCUUCUUCAAGACUGGCUUUAUUCACGAAGCGCCGAAAGCAAGAAUAGCACAGGCUCUGAAUUAACAGCAGCUGUACGAUUGUAGUUUUCGGCUCUCUCGGGCGCAAUAGCCUGCAAAUCAGGCUCAAAUGUCAUCUUCACUGAAGAGGCUACUAGAAAUUAGGCCAAAACUAAAUACAUGUAUGUCUGCAAACACUAACAUAUUCAUUUUUGACCUUUUGAAGACGUAUCACCAGCUUAACCACUUGGUGGUUCAACUUUCUAAAACUAAGAGGAAUUAAAAUGUUUUAUUUCUGACGUGCUAAAUAUCGAAAGCAGAUAAGCUAAAAUAAUUCUGUAAUAACUCCUCGUUGAUCCCUACACAAACGGAUAAGCAUAUAAAAAUUUAAGCUUAACAUUCUUUAGUUUUCUCUGAUUAAUUUAACAUUUUAUGUAACAGAGAUGUUUGAUGUAACACCGUCUGUUACAGGAACUGUAGUUUUCAACAGAUCUGCUACACUAAGGCUCUAUUCCCAUAGAUUUUAGAUCA